GCCUUUUAGAAGCGUGCCUAGGGGGAAGCGCCAGAAACCCACCCGCGGCGCCCCUCUCGUGCAGAAGGAGAUCGCCAAUGCUGCUGUCGCCCGGACGCUGUCGACUCGGUUUCUUUUCAUGGUUUCCAAUGUUCCAGUACUUGGGGGUUGCGUGGGUCUGGGAUUUUUACCCAUUUACCCCCUACUCCGUAGGGGGGGCGAAAACUGUGGGACACGACAAAAAACCUGGGACACUUAAUCCCACAACGCGUGAAAACAUACCCAUUUUCCCAUACAAAUCCAUACUUCGAAAUACAUUCCAUAUCCACUACAAUCGUAUCUGCCCAUUUCGCCAAUUGUACGACGUACCCCCCCCCCCUGUAACGCAACAUCCCUAUUAUAACCUGCCCCGAAGCUCCCUAUACGCUAGUUAAUGGAUUGCGCGCCGCGAAUGCUAUUCUUCGAAGCGAACGGUGAACUCGGUCUGGCCAUUCUCUUUCAGUUCGAUAAGCGGCUCGACAAUACGGAUCUUCAAAAAGCGCUGUUACGUAUUGUACGAAGGUAUUGUAUGCUGGGCUAUCUAGGGAUUCCCCCCUAGACCCUAGACGGCCCUAUAUACUUACUUAUACCGAG